GCGGCUCGUCGUCUCGCCUCGCUGGCCGCUGGCGUCGCCCGUCAUGGCGCGCCAUCGCACGCCUCUCUCUCUCCCGCGGUCCACGGCGUUGCUCGUCAUCCCCCGUAGCACCGUUGAUCGCCACGCGCGUCCUCUCGCCUCGGUCUCGUUUCGUGUCAUGUGGCGCGCGUCGCCUCCGCGGCGCUCGUCGUGUCCCCCGUGGUCGCGUGCACCCCUGAUGUUUGUCGCGCGCGCCGAGAAAUCGGCGCCGCGACGCCGACACUCGGGGAGCGUCGAGCGCCGAGCCUCGGCGGUGCGAGUUCCCGUUUUUGUGUUGUGAUUGUCGCUUUAUUGAUUUUUUUCUCCUUAAUUCGCGCGAGUGUAACGGACGACGCGCUCCGGGGAGAACGACGUCGUCGUCGACGUGCCACGGGGAUGUUUUCAGUUUUGUCGAUGUUCGAAAUGGUUUAUUUUCUAGACACGCUCGGCGUUUCCUCGCGAUGUAGACUCGCGGUAUUUAAGAUAGAUUUCAAAACCGGUGGAUGAUGAAAGAUUAAUGAAUAUAGGUGUUACUGUACGAAUUAAAUGCUUCAAUCAUGACGAGUAAUGUAGCAACGAUAAAGUUGGAAGAGGAACAAGAAUCUGUCACAGAGAUACAAACUUACUUAGAAACAUUUAAUAAGGAAAUAGAGGGAGGACAAGGAGAGCAACUGCAUGUGCAAUUACAACAAGUGGAAGGAUUGUCUGGUGGAGAAGAAGGUGGAACAUACUUUGUUGAUCAAUCUGGUCAAUAUUAUUAUCAGGCAAAUAGCGAUGAACCGCCUGUGAUGACACAAGUGCAAAUACAAGAAGUAGAAGAAACUGAUGUACAAAAUGAAGGGGAAGCAAAUCAAGAUGAACAGUAUCAUGAAAUUGAAGAGCUUGAAAAUGCCGAUGGUGAUGAAGAUGGACAAGUAGCCACUAAUGAAAACAAUCAAGUUGUAAUUAAUUCUGCUGAUGCAUAUCAAACUGUCACGAUUGUACCAUCUGACACAAAUCCUGGAGAAGUUAGUUAUGUUCUGAUAGUUCAGCAACCUGAAUCUGAAGAAAAAGAAAGUAAACCUGCAGAAAAUGAAACAAUAGCAACAACAGCAACAGCAACCGCAGCAGAAGGAGAAGAGGCAGAAGGUGAACAAGAUCUCACUGUAUAUGAUUUUGAAGAUAAUGAAGACAAUGAAGCUCCAGUUGAAUCCGAAGCGGAAGAUGAUAAGACGAAAAUUGUUAAAUUUCUUCCUAAAAAAUCUCAAACUAUAACACAGGCCCAUAUGUGUAACUACUGCAAUUACACCAGCCCAAAACGGUAUCUUUUAUCACGGCACAUGAAAUCUCACUCAGAGGAAAGACCACAUAAAUGUAGUGUUUGUGAGAGAGGAUUUAAAACUUUGGCUUCGCUUCAGAAUCAUGUGAAUACUCAUACUGGGACCAAGCCUCAUCAUUGCAAGUUUUGUGAGAGUGCAUUUACGACUUCUGGUGAACUUGUAAGACAUGUUCGGUACAGACACACUCAUGAAAAACCUCACAAAUGUCAUGAGUGCGAUUAUGCCUCUGUUGAGCUAUCAAAAUUGAAAAGACAUAUUAGAUGUCACACAGGCGAGCGACCUUAUCAGUGUCCACAUUGUACAUAUGCAAGUCCAGAUACAUUUAAAUUGAAACGUCACCUUCGCAUUCAUACUGGAGAAAAACCAUAUGAAUGCGAUUUUUGUCAAGCGAGAUUUACUCAAUCAAACAGUUUAAAAGCACAUAAAUUAAUUCAUAAUGUAGGCGAUAAACCAGUAUUUCAGUGUGAAUUAUGUCCAGCUACAUGUGGCAGGAAAACGGAUCUCAGGAUCCAUGUGCAAAAAUUACAUACUUCUGAUAAACCUUUAAAAUGUAAACGUUGUGGAAAAACAUUCCCGGAUAGAUAUAGUUAUAAAUUGCAUAGCAAAACUCAUGAAGGAGAGAAAUGUUACAAGUGUGAUUUAUGUCCGUAUGCGUCUAUAUCGGCGCGUCAUUUGGAGAGUCACAUGCUCAUUCAUACCGAUCAAAAGCCGUAUCAAUGUGAUCAUUGCUUUCAAUCAUUUAGGCAAAAACAGUUACUCAAACGGCACUGCAAUCUCUAUCAUAAUCCUUCGUACGUUCCUCCUCCACCACAAGAAAAAACGCAUCAAUGUCCCGAAUGUGAAAGAGCAUUUAGACACAAAGGUAAUCUUAUUCGACAUAUGGCUGUUCAUGAUCCAGAGUCAUCUCUUCAAGAAAAACAGCAGGCUUUGAAAAUUGGCAGACAGAAAAAAAUACAAAUUAUUGAUGGUCAACGUGUUGAAGUAAUGACAGGUGAUUUAGCUUCUAAACUUAAAGGUUAUGAAGAUGAAGAAGAGGAAGAAGAUGAAGAUGACAUGAUGGCAGUCCAAGGCACUGAUGGUCAACAAUAUGUUGUACUUGAAGUUAUCCAAUUAGCUGACAAUCAAGGAACUGAUCAGAUGGCUGUAGUUGCAAAUGAAGAUGGAGAAUUAGUAAUGCAAGAUCCUUUAAGUCAAGAAAGUGGUAUAGUAGCAGAAACAGGAGAAGAAGUUGAUGAAGCAGAUGAAGAUAUAGAAAUGCAAGAUUUAAAAAUAGAAUCUAUUACCUCCAGUCCACCUAAAUCUUCUACACAAAACACACAAAGUGAUCCAAAGUUGCAAAAGGAAAUGGAAACCUGUUUUGGUUUUGAUGAAGAGGAAGAAGAAGAAGAAAGCAGUAAUAUAAACAUGUUACAGACAAUUUCGUAAUAACAAAUAUAAGAAGAAUGUAUCUAUUUAAUAGUCCAAUGUUUUACUUUGGUCCCAGUGUUAGUGUACGUACCCCCCAAAAAAAUCAUUAAAACCGAAAAAAAUUAUAUAUACUGUGUACAGAAAAAAACUGUGAGUGCAGUGUACUGCUAUUUAAAAAUAUCCAAAAAAUGACACUAAUUGUGAUUCAGGUAUGAUAAUUGAAAUUUGAAUUUUUUUUCUUUUAAAAUGUGAUUUAUUAAUUGCUUAAAGUCAUGUUUUAGUCUAUUAAUUGAAUCAUAAUUGACAGUUGUUCAAUAAUAUAUAAAUAAUACGUAAAGAUAACAUGUAAAACACGUAGAUUAUAAAAACGCGUAGAUUAUAAAAAAUUUACAAAUAAAAUUAUAUAUAUAAAUUAAAUUAAAAAGUGCAAGCACCUUUUUGUGAUCUCAGCAACCUCCACGACAAGCGCAAUAUGUUUCCCUCCAGUUCCAGUUGUUAAGAAAGGAAAUACAUGACAAUAGUCGGAAGCAUUGCCAAAACAAUCGACAAAUCAUUUUAUAAGCUGAGGAAUAGCAUAAAGAGAGAAAAAAUGAAACCAAGGUUGGUUUUCAAUGUUAAAAGGAUACGACUUAUCCAUCACGAAACACCGAAAAUCACAUGAAUCGGAAUGCAACUGUCAGUCAAACAAAACUUUGACAAUAAUAUGAUAUUGAUGAUGUAUAAACAAACAUAAGUCAACAUUUUUUACGACAAACGUCAAGUUUAACUUUCGAUAAAUUCUCUAUUGAGAUAUAUGGCGCAAACUUUUCUUGAACUCUAGAAGUUUAAGCUAUUUUAUUGGUUUUUGACAUCAAUCGCUUUCCACCUCGUGCGAACUAAUUAUUCAAUUAUGAUCCAUGAGAACGUAAUGUUACGAUAUAUUUCUAAUGAUGUGAUUGUGAUACUUAACCAAUUGUGUUUUUAAGAGUCUACUUGUCUAUUCAACAUAUGAAACAUCGCAAUCUUUACGGAAGAUCUUAUAUACCACAUUGCUGUGUUCAUUUGGUAGAGCAUCUUUAUAUAUAAGAAUAAACUGUUAUAAUUGAUUAAUUCUAAUAUAUGAUAGACUUGUGUACAAACUGUAGAUCACAGACUUGAAUUGUU